AUGCGGGUUACAUUUUUAGGUAUACUGGCUUGGUCUUUGCAAGUGGCCGGGACCAUCUUGCAGAACGGUCAGCCCAGAGAGAACCCGUACCCCGGACAAGCGCCCAAGAUCUUUCUCGACGACACAUGGAACAUUUACGGUCCUGAUGUACCGGAAAUCGCCUACAAAGGGCGAUGGGAUAGCAAGCAUAUCUCUUGGUGGUCGUUCGUCUCCCCCAAACUCUUUUCUGUCUACCCCUUUCUAUUGACACCCGUCGUGGCGAUGCUGACAUCACUACCAAGGGCACCCGGAAUCAAAGUGGAGUUUACCGGAGACAAGCUUGCCGUGAGCUUCGGUCCCAGCACCACAGAUGGCGUUCUCGUCGCCUACAGGCUUGGAUCUCUUGACUGGCAAUUUUCCAAUGUCACCGCCGACGCGACGUACCAGUUCGUCGGCAACUGGACCGAGUUGACCAAUGAAGAGAUUCACGAAAAGAAGAUUUUCGAGAUGCGAGUCCAACUAGCCGGCGUUGCUACCGCAGACAACGGAGAGCUUACAGUGCCUCCCAGAUUUGACAAAAAGGUGGAGGUCAUCGGAGGAUCUCUUGCCUCUGGACAAUACGGAACAUAUGAGACCCUCUCAUCCUGGGCAUAUCUUUUUGUGGCUGGCCUAGGCAACGUCGAGCACACCAUUACAGCCUAUCCAGGUGCAUGCUUAACCGACAAAGCAUGCUACGGCGGUGACGUCCACGGCAUGACAUGGUACUGGCACCAAGCAUCUGACCCCGGCAGCCGCGCAAACGCAUUCUACGGCAACGAGCCCGAGAAUUGGGACGUCAACGCUGAACAACCCGCCGACCUAGUACUCAUCCAAAUGGGCGGCAACGACCACCGCCACCCCAACGAAGUCCCCGGCAAAGAUUUCUACCACGCAUACGUCGACAUGAUCGACGACAUCCACAGUGCCUGGCCACACGCAGUAGUCCUAAUUAUAUCACAAUGGGGCUCCUUCGUCAAGAAGGGAAUGACCCACCAGCCAACCCAGGUCUACGAGGAAGAAGCCAAGAGAGUGCACGAGCAUUUCAAGGACCGUGGCUUCGUUUAUUACUUUGAUACAACUGGUAUCUUGCAGUACAAUGAUAUCAAUCCCAAGAAUCACCCGACGGAUGUGGGCCAUAUCAAGCUGGCGAGUCAUUUGCUGCAGUGGGUGAGGCUUGUGUUGCGGUGGAAUCUUGAGCCGCUGGGAGAGGUUCAGCAUGGGACUCUUUAUUGGAAUGAUCAGCAGGAUUAUUAGACGCGGGGUCUUUACCCUGGUCGAAUUGGGAGUCGGCGUGCU